GGUAGAGGGGAUCACCAUCACUUUCUGGGAUUUUCUUCGCUCCCAGACGUAUAUAAAGUCUCUCGUGCCUCUCCUCCGGAAACAAAACCAUCUGUUUGUACUUCUCGGAGAUGGACCCGGCGAUCAGACAUAGAUAAUCGGAAAGGGCUCGGGUUGUAAGGGUACUUGUCAGCCAGUUUGACAAGCAGCUCCGGCAUUUAGAGCCCAAGCAUGGCGUUUGGCUGAAAGCGUUUGCCGGCGCACAAGAAGGACGCUGCUGGGAAAAACUCGGAAAUCUGAAGUUUUGCGUGACAUUUAAACUCGGCUUGUGUGUUAAUAUUUUGUAUUAUGUAUAAAAAGCGAACGACGCAGCCGAGCUCCGAGAUACAUUUAAUUGCAGGAUUUUUCGCAAGAUUUAUUUUAAAGAACUUUUGUUUCUAAUUGACUUACUUGGAUGUUAAAUAAUAAUUUUGCGCCUGCCUGUCAGAUUGUAAUCAAAAGAAUCGGAUUAAUUCUGCUUUGCGGUGAACUCUGAAGACAUCGCCCUAGCGCAAGCUGUUUAAAAAGGGGGAUUGCUGGAAGUUGCCCAAACCUAUGUUCCGCACUUUGACUAUAUAUCUGCUGCAGUGGGUUUUCCUUUGACGGAGCCUGGACAUGAAGCGGACGCUGGUGCUCAGCCUGUGCCUGCUGUGCUGUGCUUUAUGUCGGCUGGCAGAUGCUUCUCAGCCGGCUAACGGACGCACGCAUCACAGGCGGCUGCGGUUUUCUACUUCGAGACUUAACAAUACACGUUCCCGGAGCCUGGCUCUGCGGAGUGAUGCUCCCUCUAUGUCCGUUUCUUCCUCGCUGGAGAACCGCAAGAAACUCAAUCAAAUGCAAGCAGACGAGAGAAGCGCGCAGCCUGGCAGAAGGCAACCUGGUCGUAAUCAGCCGAGCCCUGGACCUUUUGCUAUGGUCCAGGAUGAUGGCGUUCGUACUAGGCAGACGCGCAUGCCAAGCGGGGCCGGUUCCCCAAAUCUCCUGGCGAGCUUUGCUGGAAAAAGCCGCCUGCUGGUCAUCUCUGCCCCACACGAGUCUGAUGGAUAUUAUCGGCUGAUGAUGAGCCUGCUGAAGCCAGAUGUGUACUGCGAGCUGGCAGAAAGGCACGUGCAUCAGAUUGUGAUGUUCCACCAGGAGGGAGAGAUGGGCGGCAAGGUGAGGCGCAUCACCAACGAGGGCAAGAUUCUGGAGGAGCCCCUGGACACUGCACUCAUCCCCAGGCUGAUGAACUUCCUCAAGCUGGAGAAGGGCAAGUUUGGGAUGGUGCUGCUGCGGAAGACACUGCAGGUGGAGGAGCGGUACCCCUACCCAGUGCGACUGGAGGCCAUGUAUGAGGUGAUCGACCAGACACCCAUGCGCAAGUUUGAGAAGGUCCGGCAGAAGGGCUUUGUGCAGAAGUGCAGGGCGGCUGGCGUGGAGGGCCAGGUGGUGGAAGGUGCUGGAAUGGGAGCCUCCAGUGUGGACCCACAGCCGAAAACACCUGUAGGGAAGAGACUUCAGAAGGAGUGGAAGCCUAUCAAGAAGCCUGUCCCCCCCUCCUCGGCCCCAACAACUACAAGCACCAAGCCACCUAAAACCACCCCCGCCACUACCACAAUAACAACAACGACAUCGACAACAACGACAUCGACAACAACAACGACAACAAAGCCAACAACUACUACUGUUCGCCCAUUGCGGUCAACGACCACUACCCUUCCCCCCACCACUCAGAAGCCCACUAAAGCCCUGACAACACCCUACUGGAUGCUUCGACCUACCACCACAACGGAAUACUACAACCCCCCAACCAGGGACCACCACAGGGGUAAUAACCACCCUAAAGCAACACCAUACCCCACUUCGAACUUGGGUUACUUCACCAAGGCCCCCCCGGGUAGGUAUGGAGACAACCGAACAGACAAAGACAACAGGAGCCCCAAAGAGACGGCCAUCGAGCCAAUAGACCACAAGCCUAACAAACGCAAGUCCAAGGAGAAGGAAAUGAGCAGCAAGUAUGAUGGGAAGUUUAAUGCGGGAAGGUCCACCGCCGACAAUCCGGAGGAGGCGGAAGCUGUGCCAAGCAAGAAAGGAAAAGGCAGGCAUGACAGGAUGGAAAAAAGGAAGAAGAAGGAAGAGAAAGGCCACAGGGCGGGCAAGAGGGACAAAUCGGAAAAGCGUAUCAAGAGCGGUAAGGAGGGCAAGGGGCAGAAUCAGGACAGAAAGUUUGGGAAAAAGGCAGCGAGGACUCAGGAUAAAGACGACUUCCAAAAGCCUUCAAAGAAGACAGUGCCUCCCAAGGGAACUUUGUCCCACUUCCUGGAUUAUUUUGAAAGCACGCGACGGCUCAUCGUCAUCACUACGCCCCACGACGAGCACAAAAUGUACACGCAGCAGAGGGAUGAAUACCUGGAGAACGUGUGUGAGAUGGCUGUCCGGAGAGUUUCCAUCAUUACCAUCUUUGGCACUCUGACUAACAGCACCAUGAAAAUCGACCAUUAUCAGCUGGAGCACGACAGGCCGAUGAAGGGACUUGCUCAAGACGACCUCGUAAACCAGGACCUCAUUAUCGAUCUGCGGAAGGAGUUCGGGAUGACGCACGAUGGCUUCUUUAUGGUUCUCACUGACUUUGACAUGAAGGUGAAGCAAUUCUACCAGGCGCCCAUCAGCAUGAAGGCCGUGCUUGAUUACAUCGACUCGUUUACGUCGCGCGUCAAAGAAAUGGAACAGCAAAAGAGGGAAGGUGUGACGUGCAAGAAGGAGGACAAGCCCAGAUCUUUGGAGAAUUUCCUGUCAAGGUUCCGCUGGAGACGACGGCUGUUCGUUAUCUCCGCGCCCAACGAUGAGGAAUGGGCCUAUCAACAGCAGCUGUAUGCCCUAAACAGCCAGGCAUGCAACCUGGGACUCCGCCAUGUGUCCAUUCUGAAGCUGCUGGGCGUAGAUCCUCUGGACAUGGGUGGCGUUCUGGAGCUCUACCCCAUUAACGGAAGUGCAACCGUGGAGCGCGAGGGGCUGUCUGCCUCCCUGGUGAAGGACAUCAGGAACUACUUCCAGAUAAGCCCUGAAUACUUCUCCAUGCUCUUGGUGGGGAAGGACGGCAACGUGAAGUCCUGGUACCCCUCUCCGAUGUGGUCCAUGGCCAUCAUCUACGACCUGAUCGACUCUAUGCAGUUGCGGAGACAGGAGAUGGCCAUACAGCAGUCUCUGGGCAUGCGCUGCCCCGAAGAUGAGUACGGUGGCUAUGGCUACCAUCAGCAUGGCUACCAAUAUGGCUACCAGCAGGGCUACCAGGAGGGCUACUAGGAGGGCUAUGGUUACUAAGCAAAGCAGUGCAACCGCUCACCACAAUACAUUCAUGUAUAUUUUCACUGAAGACAUGUACAGGGAUGAAGUGCCUCUUCUUAACUGUUAUUUUAAGCAGCUCCACCCAGCAGUCAAAUGUUUGAAUGACACAUUUCACACUUGCACCUAAACAGAGGGCUAUUUUGGCAUGUAGGGGUGUUUUUACUGUAGAUAAGGAAACUUGUAUAGAUAUCUUUUUUUAAUCUCAUUUGUAUUUAUUGGAUAUCUGCUCAAUUUAAGACGUAGAAUUUAGUAAUCAUAUCUCACAUUGUUGAGAAUAAACAUCAAAGAUGCUCUUAUUUUUUGAAGACUGCUUUUACUGGUCGUUAUUUAUAUUCAGCUGGGCUAUAAGAGAAAUAAAGUAUAUUGAACUUU